GUCGACGGCACCCUGCUGAACUCCAGCCAAGAGCUGACCAUGCGCACGGAAGUGGCCAUCGCCCGCGCCGCCGCGUGCGGCGUGCCCGUCAUCCUCGCCACCGGCAAAUCCCGCGGGCCGUGGGCGCGGCGCCUCCUGCCCAAGCUCCCGGUCCCGAUGCCCGGAGUGUUCAUCCAAGGCUUGCUGACGUGCGACGCCGACGGUACCGUCCUCGAGUCCAUCGAGCUCGAACCCGACGUCGCGCGCGACGUGGUGGAAUUCGCCAAGGCGAACGGCGCUUCGCUCGUCGCGUUUUGCGGAUCUCGCAUCCUGUGCGAGGCGAGAGACGAAAACACGGAUCUGGUGCUCGCGUACGGCGAGCCCACGCCGGAGGCGGUGGGGGACCUUCGCCGGAACAUGGUGGACGCCGGGAUCGCCGUGAAUAAGCUGUUGCUGUUCGCGGACGAGGACACGAACGCCAUGCCGACGCUGCGAGCCGCCGCCGAGAAACGAUUCGACGACCGAUGCUCCAUCACCACCGCGGUGCCGGGGAUGCUGGAAUUUCUGCCCAAGGGGGCGUCCAAGGGCGCGGCGGUGGAGCGCCUGUUAAAAAGACUGGACAUCGACCCGCGGAACGUGCUCGCGCUGGGGGAUGGCGAGAACGACGUGGAGAUGCUCGCCCUCGCGGGAACCGCCGUGGCUAUGGCGGGAUCGGGCGCGAAAGUCGUCGCCGCCGCCGGGGGCGUCGUCGGCCCCUCCAACGACGACAACGGCGUCGCGGCGGCCAUCGAGAAGUAC